AUGAAGCGCAAGAGAGCUCGGGCUUCAAGACAAGUGAGUAAUCCGAAGGAUUUGGACAUGCUCUCAGGGACUCUGACAUUGUCUGUCCAUCAAGAACAGGCAUCUCAAAUGCGACGAAGCGAAGCCGACAUGCCACCGUUGCUGUCAAGACCGGGGCAUCCAGAGUAUAACACAAUUCAACUUGUUCAGCCCCAACAGUCACUGCUCACAGAUACGAACAACCAAGAUCUGUAUUUCAAUCAUGCUGUUCAAUAUACGAUUCAGGAUCUGUCCGAUUCAACGACAAGGACAAGUUUUUGGGUCGACUUCCUCCCUCUGUCAUUAUCGCAGAUUGCAGCAACACGCUAUGCCUUGAUAGCAUUAGCAGCUGCUCAUAUUGACUUUCUAACACAAAGAACAGCCAAUUGCAGCGCUGCAACUGCAACAAAGCACGAAAGAUCUGUUAUACUGCACUAUAAUAUGGCAAUUCGGCAUUUGCAACCUCUUUUGUCCAAGGCGACACCUGAGGAUGCUGAGGCCGCUCUAGCUUGUUGUAUCUUGUUUAUAUGCCUUGAAAAUGUUCGAGGACGAUAUGCUGAGUCACUUAAGCACUUAGAAUCGGGAGUUGGCUUGCUCGUGUCUUUGUUGGUUCCCGAAACGAAGCGUCGCUCUUUAACAUCCCGAAAAGGUCGUCUUCCAGUGGCGUUGCACCAAGAAAUAUCAUCUACAGGUCAAAACAAGCGUAAUAUAGACCAAAUCGCUGUGUUAUUUUCCCGCCUUAGUCUGGAGACGCAUCUUCUCACAGACAGUGAAGUGGUUCCGCUCAUAAACAUCUCACGUGCAACUCCGGACCUCGGCAAAGUCGAGCUACAGUCACUUACACCUAUAAUGACAUUGGAUGCUGCUAGAGACGAGCUUCAUUCGUUUGAGAUUGCUCAUGAUAUGUUUUAUCAACAAGCGUAUAGUAACAUUAAAAGCAGGCCGUCUCAUGGCGAUAUACGACCUAAUCAGCCGCCUGAGUACUUCUUGAAUAUGUUUGGCUGGGAUGAAAAGGUUGCUUAUCAACAGAUAUACCAGCAAUUUUGGCAAUGGAGCGCCCGUCUUGAUCAGUAUAUCUUCGAACGCGCUUCUCUUCCAAGAUCAUCUAAGGAUUUAUCCGACGCGUCCAAGAUACGUCUUUUGCAAAAGACAUGGACUGCUAUGUUAGACAAAGAGCCGUGGACAUUCAGCGGCCAAGACUUUCCUGCAAUCGAUGUCUUGGAUGAGUUCCUACCUGAAGUCGACUCGAUCAUCAAAUUGAGGGGUCCUUCCUCACGGCCUCUCAUUACGUUUGGCGCCGAUGUUUUACCCUAUGUAACGAUUGCUGGAUAUUUAACGGGUGAUUUGGGAUUGCUGCAGCGAAUUAUCAGCGCUCUUAAGCUGCUUGAUACGAGGGAAGGAUUUUGGGAUAGCAAGGAUAUUGCUGAGAUUUUUGAGGCCUCUAUCAUAGCACAUGCGGAUCUUGGAUUGGACACCAGACAGAAUAGUAAGGGCAUUCUUCACAUGGCCAAGAUUCUUUCGGAGAUGAAUAUCCAAUGUAUUUCGCCAAACAACUCGAUUGCUUCACUAGCUAGAAACAUCGAACCAUAA